UGUCUCCAAUGUUAUCUUAGAUUUUUCUUUUUUAUCCUGAUUAUUGGAUUCAGGAUAAUGCAGAUGCUAUGAGGGCUCAGCUUGAUCAGCAGAAGGGCAUCGUUGAUAAUCUUGUCUCCAAUACAAGGCUUCUGGAAAGUAAGAUACAGGAAGCAAGGUCGAAGAAAGAUACCCUCAAAGCACGUGCGCAGUCUGCAAAGACUGCAACAAAAGUGAGUGAAAUGAUUGGGAAUGUAAACACAAGUAGUGCUCUUUCAGCUUUUGAAAAGAUGGAGGAAAAAGUGUUGGCUAUGGAGUCUCAAGCAGAGGCACUUAAUCAAUUGACAACCGAUGACCUUGAGGGGAAGUUUGCAUUGUUGGAGAGCUCUUCUGUAGAUGAUGAUCUAGCAACAUUGAAAAAAGAAUUAUCCGGGAGCUCAAAGAAAGGAGAGCUGCCACCAGGGAGAACUGCUGUGGCUUCGAACACAGGAUUUCCUUUUAGAGAUUCCGAGAUUGAGAAAGAGUUAAAUGAGCUGAGAAGAAAAGCAAAGGAGUUUUAGACCUGGCGUGACUCCUCAAGCAUAUCAUAUCCCUAGUGAAAAAGAAAACAGUGCAGAAACAGCCAAGCUUUGAAAUUGGUGAGAGAGGUGACUGCAAAAUCUUGUUUUCAUUUAAGCAUUGACCACUGCACACAGAUCCCUUCUUCAUGGUAAUAGACUUUGAGCGUGGGAAUUUAAAUUCUAAAGUGAAGUGAGGAAUUUUGUUUGGUUUUAACAAGAGAGUGGAAUAAUCCAAUGCCCAAGUCUUAUUAUUCAUCAA